GAGAUGCUGGAGCGUAAGUAUGGAGGCCGUUUCAUAACGCGACAUGCGGCCCGCACCAUCCAGACAGCCUUCCGCCAGUAUCAGAUGAACAAGAACUUUAAACGUCUCCGCAGUUCCAUGUCCGAGAACCGCAUGUCCCGACGUAUCGUCCUGUCCAGCAUGAGGAUGCCGUUCUCCUUGGAAGGCCCUGAGAAGGUUCACCAGUCCUCCUCCCUCACCGACAAUGGAACCAAACACCUGGGGGCCCUGGUCCAAUCAGAAUGUAGCGCUGACGUGGGGGGUGUGGUCCAAGGUACUAUGAAGUCACCUGUGGUGGCCCAGAACUCUGACUUCACCGACGRUAUAACGGAGCUGGAGGACACGUUCUCCCGUCAGGUCAAGUCUCUYGCCGAGUCGAUAGACGAUGCUCUGAAUAGUAGGAGUCUGCACAGGGAGGAGGGGGGGGCGGGAGAGACGAGGCAAGGGGGGAGAGGACACCUCGACCUGGACAAAGACCGAGACAGAGAGCUGUUCUCCUACCAGGUCAAACCCUCCUCACACAGCAGCGCGGAACACCACAAACUGGAUGAGAUGACAGCAUCAUACAGCGAUGUGACUCUCUACAUCGAUGAGGAAGAGCCGUCCCCUCUUCCUCUGUCUCAGUCCCUGGACCAUUCCUACUCUCCUCUCCCCCUGUCUCAGUCCCUAGAGCGCCCCUACACCCCUCUACCAUCGGUAGACCGGCCCUCCUCCAAAGAGUCGGAGCUACGUUUGCGUUCUCUCUCCUGGUCUCUGGUCCAUAAGGAUGAUAAAGGUCAGGGGUCAGACACCUCCUGCCGCAGCACACCCUCCCUGAAGCAGCAAGAGCAGAGGCUUAGGGUCGACCACCUCCCGCUGCUGAGUAUCGAGCCACCCAGCGACAGCUCCGUGGAGCUCAGUGACCGUUCCGACCGCUCCAUUCUGAAGAGACAGAACGCCUACGAUCGCCAGCCCAUUAGUCAGCCAGCCAGCCCCAAACUUCCCCCUCCUCACCCCUCCUCCUUGUCUCACCCCCGUUGCCUGCACCCCAAGGGAACCUCAUGGGAUGAGGAUGCUCCCCGCCACCGGCCACGCGCACUAGAGGCCCACCUGGCCAUCAACGGGAUGGCUAACCGGCAGAGCAAGUCAGAGUCGGACUUCUCAGAUGGGGACAAUGACAGUAUCAACUCUACAUCUAACAGUAAUGACACUAUUAACUGRAGCUCUGAGUCCUCCAGUAGAGAGCAGACCCUCAGAAAACAGACCUAUCACAAAGAGACACGCAACAGCUGGGACUCACCAGCCUUCAGUAAUGAUAUCAUCAGGAAGAGACACUAUCGCAUCGGACUAAACCUGUUUAACAAGAAGCCCCCUAUCGACCAGCAGGAGCUGAGCCGACCGUUACCACCCUCUUCUAUCUUUCUCUAUGAAGCCCCUACAGACCAGCAGGAGCUGAGCCGACCGUUACCACCCCCUUCUAUUUCUCUCAGGAAGCCCCUUACAGACCAGCAGGAGCUGAGCCGACCUUGUGUGGUGGAUGAGAUGGAUUUCUCGGCCUUGGAACUAGACGAGGCUCUCCGGAAGUUCCAAGCUCACAUCCGAGUCCAGGGAGAGGCCCAAAAGGUGGAAAGACUCAUAGAAGCAUACAGGUAA